ACUUCUUAUAGUCAAGUUAUAUAAUAAAAGUCAGUGUUAUUUUUGCUGUCUGUGAACACGGUCCGGUUGUGAUGCGGGUCCAGGACGACUUCGCAAACUGUGAGAACAAUGUUCGUAUGGAUGGACAAGUGGCCAUCGUUACUGGAGCUACUGCCGGCAUAGGGUUUGAAGUUGCCAAAAAUUUUGCGAAAAGAGGAGCCAGAGUCAUAAUAGGCAGCAGGAACCCUGCUAAAAUGGAUAAAGCAAAAAACGCAAUCAUACAAAGCUCUGGAAAUACGAACAUUUCAACCAGAAAACUCGACUUCGCCUCUUUAAAGUCUAUUCGAAGGUUCGCAAGUGCAAUAUAUAUGAGUGAACCCAAAUUAAACAUACUAAUCAACAACAUCGGCGCCCUCGGCUUACCAGAUCGACUGACGAAGGACAAACUUAAUCUGAUGAUGCAAGUUAACUACUUUGGGGCCUUCCUGCUAACCUUCUUACUAUUGCCUUUAUUAAGGACUUCAGCCCCGAGCAGGAUCGUGAAUGUGUCGUCUAUAACUCUACUUCUGGGUCACAUUGAACUCGAUCAUAUGAACGAUGUUGGAAGAUUUUCAAGCUUCGGAAUGUAUUGCAACUCAAAGUUAGCAGAUAUAUUGUUUACUGUUGAAAUGAACAAACGGCUACGAGGCAGUGGCGUUAACGUGUACAGUAUGGACCCCGGGCUGAGUAAGUCUGAGUUCUUCAGAGAUUUUAACGACACAACCUUAAGAAAUGUUUUUAAUGCAGGCAUGUUGUUAUUGGGACGCGAUUUAGAUAGGGUUGCUACAAUGCCAGUGUUCUUAGCGACAGAUCCGAGAGUCCAAAAUUCGAGCGGUAAGCAUUUCAGAGACUGCGCUGAAUUCUACAGUUCGUGGUUUGCUGAAGACGCUGACUUAACUCGGAAACUGUGGGAGGAAUCAAAACGAUUAGUAAACAUCACCACUCAAGAGGACUGGGAACUUAAAUAGGGAGAAAAGACAUCCCACAAUCAAAGAAACAAACAAGUAGGCUUUAUCAUUAAUUAAAUAGUGUCAUUAAAAUGUUUUUAAAACAUUAUAGACUACGUUUGUGUUGUGUUUUAUAAUAAAUUAUAUUAUCAUAAAAUAGUAUAUUAGCGUAAGUAACAUGUUUAAAUUAUAUUUAAAUAGGUAUUUAUAGUUAUUAAUUUUAUAAGGUAAUAGU